AAAAAAAAAACAGCUCCAUGAAAAUACUAUAAAUUUUGUAAGUUUAAAAAGAUGUCAGUUCAAAAAUUAAGAUGAAAAUGAAUUGAGAAUUGUGUUGCUGUUCGAAAUAAUACAUUUCAACGAUGAACCCAAUUCACGAUGAUUUCCUCCUCGAAUGUGCAACCUAUGAAGAUUACCUAGACAUCUAUAUCACACGAAAUGAUUUGAGAUUCCUACGCAACAUCCGAUUCUGUAGGUUAUUGGUCGAGCUUGGAUAUCGAUCAACACAAGAAAUCUACACCCCUGAACAAUUUACUAUUCGAAAAGCCGCCGCCUACGAGGCCAUGUAUCCAAUUAAAAAAUCAUUAAUUUUAUUCCAUGAAGGCAUCGUAAUCACUGAUCCAGUUUUGUAUAAUUUAGCUAAAAGAGAAAAAUCAAAUUAUCAAAAAAUUCUUUCGACAAUUAUUUUCAUACGUCGUCGACAAAAGUCUGGAUUCGAAAUAUCUGGCUACAUUGAUUUUGAAAGUAGUUUAAAAAAGUCAAAUCUUAAAACUGAUGACUCAACAGAUUGGAGGGCGGUUUUUAAGAUGAAAACUCUCCUGCGACCUAAACCAACUGAUUUGAGUUAUCAUAACUCACGCUCGAAUGUGACGCUAUAUAAUGAAUCUGAUAACUUUGCGAUUAUAAGCGAUCAUGAUCGUGGAUUGGGCUUUAGACACAAAGGAGAUCGAAAAAAGUUCUUUAUAUCCCAAUGGCAUGAGUCUAGCAAAGGUGAUGCAAAUUCAAGCAGAACUAUGGUUUUUUCACCAAAGUAUGGUCAUGUGAUUUUGUAUGAUCAUUUAGUACGAAAAAAAGCAUAAAUAUAUUUAGAUUAAACCUCUGGCACUUUUAAGGGGCUUCCAUUGUUAAUUUUAAAUUUCAAUAUACAUUUUUUUUGGUGAAUAAAAGGAAUCAUUCUAGUUUAAAA